UGUUGUCUGUCAUGUUGGCAAUGGCUGACAUAAUGCUAUUUCCGGUUAUAAUAAUGUAUUAUUUUGUUGAGUUAUAAUCAUAUCCACUAAAAAAUUUCAUAGCUUUGUAAAAAUGGAUUGGCAAUUAACGUGUCGCGUAUGUCUGGAGUCGGGAGAUAUGGUCUCUUUAUUUGAUUGGGACGAAAAUAAUGAACAACUCGGCGACAAGUAUACCUACUGUUGCGGCGUGGAGGUGACCAAAAAUGACUCAUUACCGACGCUAAUUUGCUUGAACUGUGUGGAUCGCUUAACAUUUGCGUGCCAGUUCAAACAGCAAUGCUUAUCUUCAAACGAAACUCUAAAAGAGUGCCUCGAUGAGUUUUUAAAGACAUCGGCUGCUGUGUCUGCGAAUAAAAGUGACGAAGGUAAUGAGACAGAAACAAUCACAAUAAAGCAAGAAAAUGGUUUGCUAUUACAAUAUGAGUUGCCCGUUGAACAUGAUCCUCAAGCACAGUGGACGAGAACACUCAUUAAGACUCCGACUAGUGCCGUUGUUACGAAAGCACCGGGCAGGCGAAAGAGAGGCAGACCGAGAAAAUAUCCUAAUGAACAGGGACAGAUUGAUGUGUCACCAUAUCAACGGAAAAAACCAAAACCUGACUUGAAAGAGCCAGAAGCUUUAACAACAUUGUUGGCAUCUGGGUCCUUGGAACUGAAGCAAGAGCCUGAUGAUGAAGAGCAAGACAAUUUCGAGACUGAGGAAUUGGAAGGUGGAGAUGACCCAGACUUUGUCCCUACUGAGGAAGUGGAAUCAGAGCCAGAAACAAAAAAAGAGGUGGUUCCAAAGAAACGCGGUCGGCCUCGUAAGUCUGUCACUCAAGAAUUCAAACCAAAGGAUGAAGACGAAGACGUACUUCUAAAAGAGACUAUCAUGGCUUUCUCCGAGCCAAUCCCUGAACAUAUCCUCAACCCCAAGCCUAGGAAAAAGCGUAUGCAACCUAAGAAGAAAUAUGUCUAUGAGAAAACACAUGUCUGUGAAACAUGUGGAGCUUCAUUCACGUCUAAUGCAUCCCUUCAAGCUCACAUACGUCGACAUUUGGGCAUUAAGCCAUUCGUUUGCAGCGUUUGCGACUACUCAUGCGUCAUGAAAGAGGCUCUGAAACGUCACAUGUUGAAACACACUGGAGAAAGGCCUUACAAGUGUCGGAUAUGUGACAGAAGGUUUGGAGACUAUGGGACUCGACAGAAACACGAAAGGUUGCACAUGGGCCUACGUCCGUACCAGUGUUCGCUUUGUGGCAAGGCGUUCACAUACUCCUACGUGCUAGCCAACCACAUGCUGACUCACACUGGCGAGAAGAAGUACUCAUGCGGUCCAUGCAACAAAAAGUUCACCAAAGCUCACCACCUCAAGUAUCAUAACAAAGUUCAUCACAAGGAGCUCUACAUGCAGCAACAGUUAGAACAAGAAGCUAAAAAGAUAAGGCAACAGCUCAACGUUACUAACUUAUCUGGAGUCAUCUCCGGUCAAAUAGUUGACGGUACCUUACAACUUAUACAAGCAUCUUCUGAAGAUGGCGAACAAGACGCUCAGAUGCAAGUAGUCGUAGAUCAGGACGGUGAUACCGAAGAAAAAGAAACCGAUCGAGCCGUCGCUGGAAUGCAAGGGGUUGUCUUAGAAUCUGAGUUCUCAAUGGACGAAGACAGCAAACAGAAGUUUGAUAAUUAAUUGUGUAGUUAGUUAUAAAUGAAUUUGUAUAACAAUUACUAAAAUUAUUUGAAACGGGACAUUAUCUACGAAUGUAUUGUCCACGAGACUCGAGAUGCAAAGUAAAAAUAAAAAGCAUCGUAAAUAUCCCGGUUUUAUAUAAUUUUAAUAAUGAAAAUAACCACUUAAAUUUAAAAUCUUGUAUAAUAUCUGUGUUUGAGGUUCGGAAGGAACGUAGCGAGCGCAAUUUCAAUGUUUAAUCGAGAAAAUGAUUUUUAUAUCACUCGUUUAUGUUAUUGUAAUUAAAGUUUUAAGUAUUUAGGUGUAGUAUACUAAUUAUAAGAUAUGGAAAUAAAUAUUAUCAUGGAUACCAUUUUAUUUCA